UUUUGGGUACUAACAUGAAGUAUGCUGUGACAUACAUUGCCAAGUUUGCAGUAAAAGACCUCUAAAACAAUUUGUAUGUCAUAGCAUACAUUGCCAGUUCUGGGGAUAUGCUUUGCUUACUUUAUGUUUUAGCAUUUCUUUUUCUUUGUCUGCAGCAAAAGCUUGAAACUCGGGGUGGUAGAAUUUUAGCGCUUGUCCCUGCUCAUAAUGCACCUUCUGACGAUAGUGAACCUUCCGAUAUUGAAAAUGAGAUACCUGAGCACGCUCCGCUUUCUAUGUCCAGUUCUUCUGCACCCUCAAUUGAAAGCUCCUUAGAAAGACUAAACCUUUUUAAUGAUGAACAAGAACCCACUAACGACAAUGUUCGCCUUACACCCAUUUUCCAAACUGUUUAUUCGAGCCCAUCUCUAGAACCGAAUUGUAAUAAAGUACCAAUAUUGAGUGACAUCCCAUCAUUUCCCGCAACACCUGCGUCACCUGUAACUCCUGCUACUCCCACAAAUUCUGCAACAGCUUCACUUCUUGCACGCUCUGCAUCUUUUGGUUUGGAAACACCACGCAUGCCAGCGAAUGCCACCUCCACAUCACUUUUUUCCAGAAGAACAAGAUCACAACGUUUUACUAUUAGUGUUGCUCAACGACCUAGACGAAUUCAAAAGUUCACUCUGAGCUAUCGUUGGAAAAAAGCUGUGUUUCGUCAUUUGGCUACUAUGGAAGAGGAAUCGGAUUCUAUAGGCGACGCCACUAUCCAAACCCCCCUGGAAUAUUUCUAUAAGUUUUUUUCUCCUGAUAUUUUGACACACAUUCUGGAACAAUCAAAUGCUUAUGCAGUAUCUAAAACUGGACGUACACUAGGUUUGACUGAAGACGAAUUACGAGACUUUAUAGCUAUACAUAUCAUAAUGGGUGUGGUGAGCAUGCCAUCUUACACUGAUUAUUGGAGUUUGCGAUACAGGUACAAACUAGUGGCUGAUCUGAUGCCACUAAAACGCUAUCAACAGAUACGUCGCUAUUUACAUUUCGUUGACAACAAUAUCGAAGAUUCUGAUAGAUAUUAUAAAAUUAGGCCGUUGGUGCAAAAAAUAAGAGAAAAUUGUUUAGCUCAAGAAAAUGAGAGGAGGUUUAGUAUUGAUGAGAUGAUGAUCCCAUAUAAAGGGACAAAAGCGGGCAAGCGUCGUCAAUACAUGAAAGACAAACCAAAUAAGUGGGGAUUUAAAAACUAUGUACGCGCUGGAGUGUCUGGCAUGAUCUAUGAUUUCAUCUUGUAUGGAGGAGAGGAUACAUUUAGAUUCCAUACUUUUAGCGAACAAGAAGCCUCUAUCGGAUUUGGAGCGCAAGUGGUGAUCGCUUUGUGCAAAACUAUAAAAUCUAAACCAGCUUUUGUAUUCUGUGACAACUUUUUUAGCUGCCCAGAGUUAUUUUACAUACUUAGAGAAGAGUAUGGGAUCUUUGGACUGGGAACCAUCAGAAACAACAGGUUGCGAGGUGCAGAAGCAAGUCUGCCUUCAGAAAAAGAAAUGAAGAAGAAACCCCGGGGUAGUCAUGCUCAAGCCACUUGCAACAAAAACCGCCUGGCCGUAGUACGUUGGCAUGAUAACAAAGCAGUGGCAUUGAUAAGUUCCUAUGUAGGCGUUGAAGUAGUAGGUACAAUAAAAAGGUACUGCAAGGACUCUAAAACUAAAGUUGACGUUCAAUGUCCGCAAAUAGUGAAGGAGUACAACGAGCACAUGGGAGGGGUUGACUUGGCCGAUAUGCUUAUAUCUUUAUAUAGAACACCGUUCAAGACAAGGAGAUGGUAUAUUAGCAUAUUUGCCCAACUCCUGGAUAUAUGCAUAAAUAACGCAUGGCUUCUCCACAGAAAAGAUUCAAAGUCAAAAUCUAUGCCUCUGAAGGACUUUAGAUUCGAGUUGUACGAGGAUCUAACAAAAUACCAACGUUCCGAAAAUGGUAUCAAAGGCACGAAAAAACGAGUGCCACAAGCUAGUCCUGCGGAAACAUCACGGUAUGAUAACGUUAGUCAUUUUAUGACCAUGACCACCCAAGGACGAUGUCGACUGUGCUCCAAACUAACUGUUGUACAAUGCCUGAAGUGCCAAGUCCGACUCUGUUUUGUUACUGAGCUCAUGGAACCAUAUAAGUAUCAGCUUAGAAAUAUAUGGAACGUAGACGAGACCGGCAUUUCGGCAGUACAAGACCCUGGUAAAAUUGUGGCUGAAAAAGGGCAGCGACGUGUGGAGUCCAUUACUAGCGGUGAAAGAGGCAAGACCGUGACUGCUGUGUGCGCUAUGAAUGCUACCGGAGUCUACCCCCCACCAAUGCUAAUUUAUCCACGACAGCGACAUUCAUGUGCUUUAGAAGCAGACGGCCCUCGUGAGACAUUAUAUCGGUGCUCGAAAAAUGGAUGGGUCAACGAAGAUCUCUUCGUUGACUGGCUGAAGCACUUAGCAGAUUUCACUAAACCUUCAGAAAACGAGCCCAUUUUGCUAGUCCUCGACAAUCAUUCUAGCCACAUCUCUUUAAGAGCUUAUGAGUUUUGCAAAAGCAACAACAUAGUGAUGUUAUAA